AUUUUUGGUAGCUGCAGAACUGUAGCUCUCUGAAAAAUCAGAUCUAUCCCAAAUUUUUUCUCCAGAGAGCUGCAGUUCUGCAGCUAUAUUUUUGGGAUGAAGGGCAAGACUUCUCCUUUUGACCACGAUCCCUUGACUACAAGCAUGAUGAACAUCGGGUUCGUUAUUCCAAUAUUUGUUUAUGACAACAUGUCCUCUUUCAUUUCAAGGUCUGUCUUCAGACGAUUUUGUCAAAUCAAGCAGCAGGAAACUUCGUUUUUCUCCAAAUGCCUGUUCCACCAAAGUGCACCUGCUUUAUCAUCAACAGAAGUUUCUAAUGCUGAUGGAUGUCAGACCGUAACCCUUGUUCCUGGUGAUGGGGUGGGACCAGAGCUUAUGCAGAGUGUUAAGGAUGUUUUCCAAGCUGCUGGAGUACCUGUCAAGUUUGAGGAAAUUUUCUUGAGUGAGACAAAUCCAUUCAUGAGUGCAAACUUAGAGACAGCUGUAGAUUCCUUUAGAAAGAAUGCAGUUGGAUUGAAAGGGAUUAUUAGCACUCCUAGUCAGCUGAAAGGUGGCAUCUUACAAACUCUGAAUAUGAAGAUAAGAACUGAAAUGGACCUUUUUGCUAAUGUGGUAGUAAUAAAGAGUCUGCCAGGAUUCAAGACAAGACACAAGAACUUGGACUUUGUCAUUAUUAGAGAGCAAACAGAAGGGGAAUAUAGUGCAUUAGAACAUGAGACAGUUCCAGGAGUUGUUGAGAGUCUAAAAAUUAUCACCAGGAAAAAUUCUCAGAGAAUUGCCAAAUUUGCUUUUGAUUAUGCCAUGAAACACAACAGAAGUAAAGUUACUGCAGUUCACAAAGCCAACAUCAUGAAACUGGCAGAUGGUUUGUUCAUUAAAUGCUGUGAGGAAGUAGCGCAGUUUUAUCCAAAGAUCAAAUUUGACACCAUGAUUAUAGAUAAUUGUUGUAUGCAGCUGGUCUCCAACCCCUACCAAUUUGAUGUCAUGGUGAUGCCAAAUCUCUAUGGAAACAUUGUUGAUAACCUGGCUGCUGGUUUGGUGGGCGGGGCUGGGGUUGUUCCAGGAGAAAGUUACAGCUCAGAUGUAGCAGUAUUUGAACAGGGAGCCAGACAUGCCUUUGCUGAGGCCAUUGGAAAGAAUAUUGCCAAUCCCACAGCAACACUUCUAUCUGCCUGCAACAUGCUAAAACACAUCCAUCUCGAUUACCAUGCCAAACUGAUUGAAGAGUCAGUACACAGAGUGGUCAAAGCACAGAAGGUGAAGACUCGGGACAUGGGAGGAUAUGCAUACACUUCUGACUUUACAAUGGCUGUCAUAGACAGCUUACAUUAGAUCUGACAUUUCACAGAGCCAUGUUAGUUACAUCUUAUUUAUUGUGUUCUUAGGUCCCGUUGUUUUACACCGUUAGAAGAUUAUUGUUAUUUGUUUGUAACAUAUUCUGUUGUACAGUAUGCAAUAUUACUGUUAUACAUGUACUCAAAGGUUAAUUUUAUUUUUUAGACAAUACAAACAAUUUUUUAUAUUUAUUUGACUUGCAUUGUCAGUGUUCUGUGCAGGUAUAUAAAUGCCAUCUGGUUCAAAUACAUAUUGCAAUGUACUGGUACAAGUAUGUGCUUUCAUGUUAUUUACUUUGAAAGACAUGAAAUGGAAUAAAAACAAGAAGAGCU